CAAGCACCCAGAUAGGUUUCUGAACAGUUGACAGCGAAGCCCAAGCGCAGAACGGGUCAUUUCCCAUUUGUCGACCGACGUGUUGUGGCCGCCGCUUCCGUCCGACUUUACCACCGCAGCGUACUCCCCCGCGCCACCGUCUUACCCACUCAAGCUCACCGUCGCCAUGCAAAACACAUCAGGAAUACUACCAAGCUCGUCAUCCAGUGCUGCUGACCCAUCGCCUGCUCCCACUAACGCGGAGCCUCAGACAGCGACCGUCAUGACUACUGCCCCUGCCACGUCCACGUCCGACUCGACGUCUAGCCGAAGAAUAGCAGUUCCUCGAAGCCAAAAGGCGGUCCAUUGUCCAGAUGAGUGCACUACUGCCGUGGUCACUCCCAUGGAAGCAGCCUCAGCUUCCAUUCUUCCUCUCGUUACCGUGGUCGAAGAACCAACAAAGGACUCGCUUACAGCUCCGACGCAGGGUAACAAACGGCGGUGCUGGACAUGCAAGGGCAAGAUCUCGCUGUCGGCCGUGACUUGUCGCUGCGGGUACACGUUUUGCAAUCGCCACCGAUACGCAGAAGAGCACGACUGCCUCUUCGACUUUCGACAAAUGGCCAAGCGCAAGUUGGCAGAAGAAAACCCACGAGUCGUGCCGCUGAAGGUUGCUCGUAUCAAUUAGGCGAGCACGUGGCCGUCGGUUAGGUUUAGUUAUGUAUUAGUACAGCCUGUUGGUUGCACCACCUCGAUUGAAAUGACUUUGUACUUUUAGUUGUGGUCACGGACUAAUAGCGUUGUCUCAUGCGGAG